AUGUAUGAGUCCGGGUGCAGGGAGUCACUGAGUGUAAGACGUGAAUUUGAUGAAGGUGGAUCGUUCCUGUGGGUCGGUGCCGUGGGUGUGUUCAGUUACAGAAGGUUAGGCCUCUGGAGGGUUAAUGUUAGUCGUUACAAUGUCCCACCAAGUGAGACAACAAGCCGUGCUCCGCAGCAGGAGCUCACUUUUCUGGACCGGCUCGCUGCCUGCGGGAUAUUGGCUCUGUCAGGAUCACCCGGCAUGAGUCCGACUCAGAGGAGCAUCGCUGCCGUCUCAGGUCUGCUCGUCAUGGCAGCGUCUCUGUGUUACGGUAAACUGAGCUGUGAUGCAGGACACAGCGGUCCCACCUACGAGUCCAUCCAGGCCGUGUUUGACCUGCAGUCCUUCAGACCAGCGGUGAACCUGAGCAACCCCACCACCGUCAACAUCUCCUUCACUCUGUACGCCGUCCUCGGGGUGAAUGAGAAGACCCAGAUACUCACUACUUUCCUGUGGCUGAGACUGUACUGGAAGCACGAGUUCCUGGUUUGGGAUCCUGAUGAGUGCGACGGCGUCACUAAGAUUUCUCUCCCUGUGAGGCAGCUCUGGUCUCCAGACAUCAUCGUGUACGAAUUCGUGGACGACGACGUGUCCCAGGCGUGUCCUUACGUCUACGUCAACCACACGGGCCACAUCCGCUGGGACAGGAUGCUGCGGCUGGUCUCCUCCUGCAACCUGGAGAUCUUCAGCUUCCCCUUUGACGUGCAGAACUGCACCUUUACGUUUGGCUCUUACAUGCACACCAUAAAGGAUGUAAGGCUGAGUCCAGCUCUGACCUUCAAGGAGAUGUCCGAGAACUCCAGGCGUUACUUGGAAGCCAGUGGAGAGUGGGAGCUGGUGGACAUACUGGGAGAGACCUCCAUCCUCCAGUUCGGGAUAGACGAGUGGGACAUCAUCACCUUCUGGGUGGUUGUGAAACGGCGUCCGGUGCUCUACGUGGUUAACCUGCUGAUCCCCAGCUCCUUCCUCAUGCUCAUCGACAUCCUGUCCUUCUACCUGCCCCCCCACAGCGUCGACCGCGCCUCCUUCAAGAUGACCCUCAUCCUGGGCUACACGGUCUUUCUGCUCAUCAUGAACGACCUGCUGCCCAGUACAGCAAACGGGACGCCCAUCAUAGGCAUCUAUUUCUCCGUGUGUCUGGCCCUCAUGGUCAUCAGUCUCCUGGAGACGGUCGUCAUCACCAACGUCCUCCACCACAGCUCCAUGAAGUACCAAACCAUUCCAAAGUGGGUGAGAGUGGUGGUCCUCAAACACAUAGCCAACAUGAUCUGCUACCAGUGGCCGGCGGGCGUCCAGCCGCCCCUAAAGCACACACAGAAACCAGAGAGCUCAAGCGGCCCCUCGGGGACCGGCACCAGCCAGCAGGCCGCCCAGGCGCCCGCCCAGGCGGCCGCCCGGCAGCCGACCGGCAGCGGAGCCGCAGCUGCUCCGGCCGAACUGCAGCAGAUCUGCCAGUACCUGAGCGACCUUCGCUCCCACCUGACCUCGCUGCAGAAGGAGAGCGAGCUGCAGGAGCAGUGGUGCCACGUCGGAUACAUCCUCGACUACCUGCUCUUCCGCAUCUACCUGCUGCUCAUCUCCUGCUACGCCCUGGUGGUCGUCAUCAUGUGGUGCAUGUGGAUCCGACAGACCUAGUGGGCAGGAUCAUGAGGAUGGUUGGAUUUAAACUAAACUUUAAUGCAAUUGUUAACUAAGGGGGAAAUAAAAGGAUUCAGCCAAAUUCUAAACUUCUGUCUUCACUUCAGGCUGUUGCUACUGAUCAUU